AUGGGACGCUUAGAGGACAUGGAUCCAUCAAUAAUGAUGAUGUACAUGCCGCUAAUGGCUCGAACUCCUCUUCGCCCUAUAGCAGAGCCCCAAGAAAUUUCAGGACUUGUGACAUUCCUUUGCCUUCCUGCUGCUUCAUAUAUUACAGGGCAGGUCAUUGUUGUUGAUGGUGCAUACACAGCAGGUGGUUUCUAG